CAGAAAUGUUCGCACCACGAUAAAGGCCGGCACAAUGGCCACUGAGCAGGAGAUCGUCGCUCGAUCCGGAGGGGAAGAAUUGGAGGUGCCGAAGAAGAAGAGAGGUCCAACAGCGCAGCUCACGCCAGAGCAGGCCGAGCAGAAGAAGCGCCAGCAAGAGGCAAACCGGCAAUAUGGUCGUGGAAAGUCAGUGCAGCUACGAAGCAUCAAGGACAAGAAACUGCGAGGGAAUCUCAAAGCACUGGAAGAGCGCUACAGAGAUGCUGCGCUCAAGGCGAAAGAUGCAGAAAUUCUGCUCGAGAACGACUCUGGAUUUCUCGAGCCCGAGCAUGAAUUGGAGAGGACAUACAAAGCGCGACAAGACGACAUCCGGAGUGCUGUCAGCGUCGAAACUGCGAAGAAGGGCUUCGAGCUCAAGCUCACCGAUUUGGGGCCGUACACCUUCGAUUAUUCCAGGAACGGCAAAGACCUUGUGUUGGGUGGGCGCAAAGGGCAUAUUGCCUCGCUGGAUUGGCGGAGUGGGAAGUUGAACUAUGAACUGCAAUUGGGAGAGACCGUUCACGAUGUGAAAUAUCUGCACAAUAGCCAGUACCUCGCGGUGGCACAAAAGAAGAACGUCUACAUUUACGACCACCACGGCGUUGAGAUACACAACUUGGACCAGCACAUCGAGGUCACACACAUGGAGUUUCUACCAUACCACUACCUUCUGGCCACAAUUGGAAGAUCAGGAUGGCUCAAGUGGCAGGACACAAGCACCGGGCAGCUCGUGAUGCAGAUGAGCACCAAGCAGAGAUCCCCCACAGCUUUCGGGCAGAAUCCCUACAACGCAAUUCUCCACGUUGGGCAACACGACGGUACAGUUUCGUUGUGGUCGCCUAAUUCCACUGCACCACUCGUCAAGAUGCUUUGCCAUCGUGGUCCUGUGAGCUCUCUUGCGGUCGAUCGUGAAGGAAGAUACACGGUCAGCACUGGACUGGACAAGAAGAUGGCAGUCUGGGAUGUGCGCAAUUACAAGCCCGUACAUGAGUACUUUUUGCGCGCACCAGGAGCUAGUCUAGCCAUCAGCGAUCGAAAUUUGACGGCAGUCGGCUGGGGUACACAGACUACGAUCUGGAAGGAUUUGUUCACCAAGCACCACGACGAUGUUGAACAAAGCAAGGUGCAAUCGCCAUACAUGGCGUGGGGUGCGCAGAACCAGGCCGUGGAAAGAGUCCGCUGGUGCCCAUUCGAAGAUAUCCUCGGCAUUGGUCACAAUCAAGGUUUCUCAUCCAUUAUCGUGCCUGGUGCUGGCGAGCCCAAUUUCGAUGCACUGGAGCAGAAUCCAUACGAGAAUGCCAAGCAGCGACAGGAGGCUGAAGUCAAAUCUCUGUUGAACAAACUCCAGCCGGAAAUGAUCAGCCUUGAUCCGAACGCAAUUGGCAAUCUUGAUAGCGCCUCCCAUGAGCAGCGACAACGCGAAAAGGAUCUUGAUCGCAAGACCGGAGCCGAAGCAGGGCGAGAACGAAUUGAGCAACUGAAGAAUCGCGGCCGAGGCAAGAACAGCAGUCUGCGAAAAUACAUGCGUAAGAAGGGCAACAAGAACGUGAUUGACGAGCACAAGAUGAGGGUCAUGGAACUCCGCGAGAAGCAGAGAAAGCAGGCCAAAGAAGCAAAGGAAGGAAAAGCGCAAGAAGAGCUUGGUCCGGCUCUUGCACGAUUUGUGAGGAAAGGUGGCUGAUAGCGACGACAACAUUGCGGAUGCACUGUAUCAUUGACGGAGAUGAUCAAUCAGCAACAUGCUGCGGUGCCAGGAACUGCUGGCCUGGUUACGACAUCUGGGGAUGGCGUGUCCUCUUGCCUUCGAAAGUUCGGCUAAUCGGUCACUGUCGUGACCGAAAUGAUCCAACGAGACCGCUGAGCUAGGAACUGGCUCGACUGGACGGGUCAUCUUGCCAGGCGUGUGCCCUUUGCGGAAUUCCGGUUAUCCUGGCACAGGGCUCAAAAAUUGCUGGCCGCAGUGUUCGACACGUUGAGAAAUAUUCCGUGUCGAGAAUGACCGCUGCGGCCGCGUGUAACUUGGGCCUCCUGCUGUUGCAGGACGGACGUACAGUCAAGUCGACAAUGGCCAAUACGCCGAGUACGAUCGCAUUUCAUCAUGGCGGGACUUGCUAUGUCCUGUACAUAAACAGUCGCUCCUGCCACAAGCAUGCGUGCUCGAAAUGAUGGCAAAGCAAGAUAGGCAAGCAACAAGAUGUAGACCAGCUCAAUGCUCAUGAAGAUCGUCUAUCAUGUGUCCUCUCCCGCACCAACUCCUUGGUACUUUCCGACCCAU